AUGCUUUUCUCACUUGAAAAUGCUCCGUUCAUCGCCCUCGGCCUCCUCGCUGCCUACUUUUUGCUACCGUAUGUACAAAAUGGGCGUUUGAGGGGGAUCCCCAGUCCGAGCUUUGCGGGCUUCAGCAACCUUUGGCUGCUUUUGCAGGCACGCCAGGGUAAGCGUUACUUGUCCGUUGACGAAGCUCAUAAGAAAUAUGGAAAGGUGAUCCGCAUUGCACCAAACCACGUCUCUGUCGCCGACGAUGCUGCUAUUCAGGCUAUUUAUGGACACGGAAAUGGAUUCCUGAAGGCACUUAGCGACUUUUAUGACGCCUUUGUCUCAAUUCGCCGGGGUUUGUUCAAUACUCGCAACCGUGCUGAACAUACCCGUAAGCGGAAGAUUGUGUCUCACACUUUCAGUGCCAAAUCCAUUGGCCAGUUCGAGCAGUACAUUCACACCAACCUAGAAAUCUUUGUUAAGCAGUGGAACAAGCUCUCCGACCUGGAGGCCAAUCCCAAGACUGGCUACGCCAGCAUAGAUGCGUUGAACUGGUUCAACUACCUUGCCUUCGAUAUUAUUGGCGACCUGGCCUUCGGUGCUCCCUUUGGCAUGCUUGAGAACGGAAAGGAUAUUGCUGAGAUGCGCAAGAGUCCGGAUGAGCCUCCUAAGUAUGUUGCUGCUGUUGAGGUGUUGAACCGCCGCGGCGAGGUAUCCGCAACUCUGGGUUGUUUGCCAUCCCUAAAGCCCUGGGCUAAAUGGAUCCCUGAUCGUUUCUUCACUGAAGGUCUUGCCGCCGUGGAGAAUCUCGCCGGUAUUGCUAUUGCACGGGUCAACGAGCGCGUAAAGCCUGAAGUAGUUGCGAAUAAUACCCGAGUUGACCUUUUGGCUCAUUUGAUGGAGGGUAAGGACGAGACUGGUGAGAAAUUAGGCCUCGAGGAACUCACCGCCGAGGCUUUGACCCAGCUGAUUGCCGGUUCGGAUACAACCUCAAACACUUCUUGUGCUAUCUUAUACUGGUGCCUUCGCACCCCCGGAGUUGUUGAAAAACUGCAAAAGGUUCUGGACGAAGCAAUCCCCAAGGAUGUCGAUGUCCCCACGCACGCCAUGGUCAAGGAUAUCCCCUAUCUCCAAUGGGUCAUCUCGGAAACUAUGCGUAUUCACAGCACAUCUGCCAUGGGCCUUGCGCGUCAAGUCCCCGAGGGCAGUAAGCCCGUUGUUAUCUCUGGCCACACAUUCUACCCUGGCGACGUCCUGUCCGUGCCAAGCUACACUGUACACCGCUCCACAGAAAUCUGGGGUAAAGAUGCUGAGGAGUUCGUCCCUGAACGCUGGGAGAACUUAACUGCCCGCCAAAAAGCCGCAUUUAUCCCUUUCAGCCACGGCCCACGUGCCUGCGUCGGUCGCAACGUCGCUGAGAUGGAGCUGCUUUGCAUUGUCGCCACAGUUUUCGGCAUGUUCGAGUUCCAGCUUGAGCAAGAGGAGGAGAUGCAGACCCGCGAGGGCUUCCUGCGCAAGCCCCUUGGCUUACAGGUUGGAUUGCAUCGCCGAGUCCGCGAUUUGUCUUGA